UUUUUGACAUAUCUGAUGAUUUACAUACUAUUGAAAGAUCAUGAAUUAAACGAUAUUAUGGCGGUGAUACAUUUCUAUAGAUCUCCGGGUCUGAGUCAUGGGGCAACCUUGGCUAAGCUGAAAGAAUUGAAGAAAGCUUCCUCGUUGAUCACAGGUCUAUCUACCGAACUCUGCUUCAAUGUGGAGCUAAGUGAUCCGAAUCUGAGCUGCGACGAUUUGGCUAAACUAAGGUGGAUUCUCGGAUCGCCGUUGGACGACAGUGCCCUUAGAACUGAAUCUUUGCCCAGGUCUGAUCUACUACAGUCCACUGUCAUUGAAAUAGGACCGAGGUUGAAUUUUUCAACGGCUUUCUCAAGUAAUGCGGUAUCAAUAUGCCAGGCUAUUGGUCUGAAUCAGGUAACCAGGCUGGAACAGUCCAUUCGUUACACAAUCAGCUGGGGUGUGCAAGGAAUAGAGAUCAGUCGAUCCCUGGAGCAGCAGCUGUUGGAGCUUUUGUAUGACAGAAUGACACAGAUGCGAUACUUGGAGCCCAUUAGUAGUUUUGAUCAUGGUAUCAAGCCGGAUGACUGGUUUGAAGUUGAUGUCAUGAAGAGCGGUCGUCGGGCUUUGGAAGAAGUCAAUGAUAAAUUGGGUUUGGCAUUCGAUGAUUGGGAUCUUGAUUAUUACACCAAAGUGUUUAAAGAUAGGCUGAAAAGAAAUCCCACCAGUGUUGAAUGCUUUGAUCUUGCCCAGAGUAAUAGUGAACACAGUCGGCAUUGGUUCUUCAAGGGUAAAAUGAUAAUAGAUGGUGAAGCAAAAGAAGGAUCACUCAUUGAUAUGAUUAUACAAACACAGGAAAAUUCGAAUCCAAACAAUGUUAUAAAGUUCAGUGAUAACAGCAGCUCAAUCGAAGGAUUUUCAGUAAACUGGCUACAGCCAUCAUCUGUGAUCCAGGCUGGCCAAUUUGUUGAAAAGAGAUCUCGCUUGAAUCCAAUAUUCACCGCUGAAACUCAUAACUUCCCCACAGCUGUAGCGCCUUUCAGUGGAGCUACGACUGGAACAGGUGGUCGUAUAAGAGAUGUACAGGCGGUUGGAAGGGGAGGUCAUUGUAUUGCUGGAACCGCUGGCUACUCAGUCGGCAAUCUCAAUAUUCCAGAGUACAGUCUUCCCUGGGAAGACAAAUCAUUCAACUAUCCGUCAAACUUUGCCAAGCCACUAGAUAUACUGAUUGAAGCCAGUAAUGGAGCUUCCGACUACGGCAAUAAGUUCGGCGAACCACUGAUUCUCGGCUAUACACGGUCGUUCGGCAUGAUCAUCUCGGAUGAUGAACGAAGAGAAUGGAUAAAGCCGAUUAUGUUCAGUGGUGGCAUUGGUGUCAUGGAGGCUGAUAUGUCUGACAAACAUAAACCAGAAAAAGGAAUGAAAGUUGUUAAAAUAGGUGGCCCUGUUUAUAGGAUUGGAGUUGGAGGUGGAUCUGCCAGUUCAGUUCAGGUUAGUACCAUGAAAAAUAUCCUAUCAAGCGUUUCUAGAAACAAACGGAGGGAACCGUGGUCUAGUGAAUAUAGUGCUUGCGUAGCAGCAUUGAUGUCCCGGCUCAAAGCGCAUGCGCUGCCCAAGAUACGGAGCGACAGCUACGUUGGAAACCUUAGGAUUGACGACGCUUAUUAUAUAGCGUCAGCGAUGCUACUACGCCUGUUUGAAAUGAACAGAUUGAUUGACAUUAGGAAAAACGGCUUUCAAUAUACCGUACUGAAGUACGGCGGUCUAAAACGGCCUGCCAGUAAUGUUUUGAAAGAACUGGUCGAACCUUGUGGAGCCGUCAUAUUUAGUAACAGAUUCACUCUGGGUGAUCCUAGUAUUAGCACACUGGAACUAUGGGGCGCUGAGUAUCAAGAGAAUAAUGCUCUUCUAAUAAAGCAGGAUGACCGUUCCCUUCUUUCAACAAUAGCGCACAGGGAAAGGUGCCCUAUAAAUUUUGUAGGAACAGUCACUGGUAAUGGAAAGAUGAUUCUCAGUGAAGAAAAGAAUGCAAACAGUAAGAAAUUUUUGGAUGAGACUUACUAUAAGGAAAAUGUCACAUAUCCUUUCGAUCUGGACUUGGAUAUCAUUCUUGGGAAAAUGCCUCAGAAAGUUUUCAACCUUGAAAGGCAAGCAGUUCUACUGAAACCAGUUUCGUUACCUAUGGAUAUCGCUGUUGAAGCAGCCCUUGACAGAGUUUUGAGGCUACCAGCCGUUUCCAGUAAAAGAUUCCUUACAAAUAAGGUGGACCGUUGUGUUACUGGACUAAUAGCUCAACAGCAGUGUAUUGGUCCCCUGCACACUCCUUUGAGCAAUGUUGCUGUUACUGCUAUUUCUAUGAUGGACACUGUGGGAGUGGCUAGUGCAAUAGGAGAGCAACCAAUCAAAGGACUGAUAGAUGCUGCGGCUGGCGCUAGAAUGACUGUGGCAGAGUCACUCACUAACCUGGUCUUUGCUCAAAUAACUACUCUGAAGGAUGUGAAAUGCAGCGGUAAUUGGAUGUGGGCUGCUAAAUUGCCAGGAGAGGGUGCUGCCCUCUAUGAGGCGUGUGAAGCUAUGUGCAAGGUGAUGUCACAACUGAAUAUUGCCGUCGAUGGUGGCAAGGAUUCCCUUAGUAUGGCGGCUCGUGUUGACGGAAAAUCAAUCAAGGCUCCUGGUACUCUAGUGGUUUCGACGUACGCGCCAUGUCCGGACAUAACAUUGACAGUGACUCCGGAUUUAAAGAGUCCGGCACGCGGACGUGAAGGAUCGCUGCUUCUGAUUGACAUCGGUUGUGGCAAAGUGCGUCUGGGAGGAUCGGCACUGCUGCAGUGCUACAACCAACUUGGCAACAGUGCUCCAGACCUUGAUCAACCUGUUAUGCUUGUCAAUGCUUUCAACGUCAUGCAAAAACUUAUCAGCGAAAAGAAAAUACUGGCUGGCCAUGAUAUAAGCGAUGGUGGGCUUGUUACAUGUCUGGCCGAAAUGUGUUUUGGAGGUAUGAGUGGCCUGAAAGUCGACCUGACGCCUCGAAUCGUGGAAGACGUCUCGCCUUUCCAGGUGCUUUUCAGCGAGGAGCUGGGCUGGGUAAUCGAAGUUGACGAAGGCGAUAUGAAUUACGUGCAAUCGCAUUUUUCAAACGCUGGCGUACAUUGCCACAAUAUUGGAAAAUCUAGCGGUUUUGGAAUGAUGUCUAAGAUACUUAUCACCCAUGGAGCCAAAUGCUUGGUGGAGAGUUCUGUCCUCGGACUUCUUCGCAUGUGGGAGGAUUCCAGUUAUAGACUGGAGUGUCGCCAAGCAAACCCUGACUGUGCCAGAGCCGAAUAUGAAUUGUUGGAGCACCGUACAGCCCCUCACUACAACCUGACCUUCAAUCCUGAUCAGAUCUUCCCAGUUGAGAAGUUAAUGAAAUCGAAGCCCAUAGUAGCCGUAAUACGCGAGGAGGGCUCAAACGGGGACCGAGAAAUGGCCGCUUCUCUGUUCAUGGCCGGCUUUGAUGUUUGGGAUGUGACUAUGCAGGACCUGCUCGACAAGAAGAUCACCGUUGACAUGUUCCGCGGAUUGGUAUUCCCGGGAGGGUUCAGCUACGCCGAUGUCCUAGACGCGGCUAAGGGCUGGGCAGCAAGUCUCUUGUUCAGUUGCCAACUGGCCAAACAGUUUUCAGCGUUCGCUAAGCGCAAAGACACGUUCAGUCUGGGUGUGUGCAAUGGUUGUCAGCUGAUGGCGCUGUUGGGUUGGGUUGGGGGUGUACAAUCAGAACCCGCUUCUCCGGGCAUUGUACUCGGCAAAAACAUUUCCAACCGGUUCGAGUGUCGGUUUAGCACGGUCAAAAUCCCCAAAUCCAAAUCAAUCAUGUUUGACGGAAUGGAGGGAAGUGUUCUUGGUGUUUGGGUGGCUCAUGGUGAGGGACGAUUCACCUUCAAAAACCAAAACAUACUAGACAAAAUCCGGGACAACGAAUGCUGCGCCUUAACUUACACCGACGACAUGGGAACUACCACUGAGGAUUACCCUUGGAACCCGAACGGCAGUCCUGGUGGAAUAGCCGGUGUUUGCUCGGAGGAUGGUCGCCAUCUUGCCGUUAUGCCUCAUCCUGAGCGAUGCACGAAAAUGUGGCAGUGGCCCUAUGCGCCUCCUCAGUGGCACCAUCAAACAUCGCCCUGGAUGAAAAUGUUCACUAAUGCCUACAAUUGGUGUGUCAAAAAUUCACACUAAACUAAUCAUAGUAAAAAUAAAUAAAACUUUUUAUCUUUAUCCAUCACAGUAAGAUGUAUAAACUUAUUUAUUUCACAUUAAAUAUACAUUAAAUAUAGAAUAAGACGUUAGAGGACAUGCUCAUAAUCCGACUAAAUUCUAGGUGUUACAACAUCCUACAUUUAUCUGAUUUACAAUAGAUUUGCUACUAAGAGAUUAAAACCUCGGUUUGUGAAGGUGACGUCAUUUAGUUACUUUGCUACUUUGCAUAAAUUUACUUGUCCAUACCGAGAUGAAAAUCAUCUGUGUAUCUGUAUUCAGGGUUUUACUAGUCAUGUAAUGAUGUUAAACCCACUUCUACAUCACUUAGUAUAGUCUAUUCUUUCACCAAUCGUGCAAUAUUAUGUUCAGGGUUUCAAUAUACAAGUUUUUAUGCUAAACCAACUUCCCUAUCACAUUUUUGCAGCAUUCCCGCAUCAUUCAAUUUAUUUCCAAAAUCAUAAUUGAAGCAGUGAAUAAAUACACAAGAAGUAUUUGGAUUAAAUUUGUUACUAUUUCUUUCAUUUGAACCAAUAAUUGUCUGAUUAUUAUCACAAAUGUUUGAUUGAAACGUUAUAAAAAUCGUUGAGUUAUCGUUCUAUGAAUUGUUGAAAAUACUUAAACUACAUUAUGUAAUAACUAGAUCCGAGUGUUUUGAGUGAAAGACCUCAGCAAUUCUAUCAACAAAGGACUCUUUAGUAUGCUAUACAUAUUCAAUUUCGUAGCAGUUGAUGAUUUUUUUUCACCAAUUGAAACUAUUAGUGAAUCCUAUCCAUGAUUAUCUUUUUUUGCCUAUCAUUUAUUCGUGAAAGUUACUUUCAUGAAAUAUACUUCCAAUUUGCCGUGGAUAAUUUGUUGGAUUUUCUUAUAAAAACGUUAUUGUUAAUCAAUAAAUAUUUGUAUUUAUGGUAUACUGUUGAUAUUUCUAUCUUGCAGAAUCAGUUGUAUUAGUGUUGAUGUUCCAUUUCCAAAGCAUUGAAUAGGAGAUAAUAUUUUCUCCGAUGAAACUUGACUUGAAAAAAGUUAUAAUAUUGUAAAAAGUUCAUUCUCAAUGAAGAAUCGUUGAAAUUGUUUUCCCCUUGAAAAUGCUUAUUUCUAGGUCUCAUACUAGUUUCUAUUAACUUUAUUCAUUUUCCUAUGUUACACUUCGAAUCAUUCCUAUAGUACAUAGUUCUUCUUUUGUUUAGAAGCUAUUAUUUUUCAUGAAUCUCAUUUUCUUAUUGAUAUUUGCCAUUUUGAUAACGAUGAUUUACUGAUCAUUAUUCUUGUCUAAAAUAUACCGUACAUUCCUAAAUCAAAUUAUUCACUCAACAAAUUAAUUCUAGCAUUCAUCGUUUGUACUGUUUUUACUUGCGAUAGAAAUACAAAAUCAACAACGAGUUUAAGUAUGGUCAUAGUAAAGAGAAAUGGUAGCUACGUUGUUCAGUACUCCGUGGUAUGAUCUACUGUAUUUUAUGAAAUCAGUUCAAUCAAUUUUCUCAGGAACUAUAAGAAUAACAUUUGUUUUCUAUGAAGAUUUCCUUUGAUAUUUUAAUUUUAUUUUUAACGAUUAUUCUAUUUUAUAUCAUGUAUUUCUAAAUGGAUAUUUUUGAAUGGAAUAUUUCCUGGGUCCUCCUUUUUAAUGUAUUCUGAUAAUGAAUUUUUAUUUGUAAUUGGAGAGAAUUUUGAUUUUUUUUUAAUUUUCCCAUCUUCUUUUUUCACGUACCCUUUUGCCGUUAAGCGUCGGGUUCCUUUAACCAUUUUCUAAACUUUAUUCGAUCCUGUGCCAUUCUUUUACUUCAAUCAUUGUCCUGCCUCUUCCAACACCUGUACUCUCUAUAUACUGAUUCCAUUCCAGUCGUGGCCUUCCCUUGCCUCGUUUUCCUUCCGGUCGUGCCUCCAUAACUAGCAUUGCUUUUCGUUCAUCACUCAUCCGAGCUACAUGGCCAUGCCAUCCUAAGGUUUUUCGUUGAACAGUGGUAAUCAGUCCCUCCUGUUUUUAUGUUUCUCUGAUCACACUAUUUCUCACUCUGUCUUAUUUAUUCCUUUAUUGAUUCAUAAAAUAAAUCUCUUCUGGGUUUUCCAACCACCCUCCUUAAGUAUCUCAUUUCUGAGGAGGUAAUUCUACUCUUGUGUUUUUCUAUCAUUAUGAGGCAUUCUGUGUCAUAGAGUAGGACUGGUUUGAAUAUUGACUCGUAUAUUUUAUUUUAGUUCCCUGACUUAUUUCUCGUUUUCCCAGGAUGGUUCUGCUAAGCUAGUGAUACACUUGGUUAGCUUUCCUUACUCUUUUGUUUAUCUCUUCAUAUACUUCCCUAUUUUCAGAGAUUAAUGUCCCAAGAUAUUCAUAAUUGUUUACCCUUUCCAAUAUUCUAACAUCCCAUGUUAUAUCCAACUCCACAUUCUCCUGAUUCUUUGAUACUAUCAUCACUUUACUCUUCUCAAUGUUGACAACCAUUCCCUUAUUUCUUAUCGCACUACACAAUUCUGUUACUGCAUUUUGUAGAUCUCUUUUGAGUGCUAUCUAGCUAUGAGCAAGAUAUCAUUUGCAUAUAUCAGUGGUUGAAUUUUCCUAUCAUGUC